AUGAAGAGCGGCAGCGCCAACACAACGGCAGCGCAGGCCAUUCUCGAAGACGAGGUGCUCACCAUGCCCCUCAAGGGGUCCUUCCACUCCUCCCUCGACGACGAUAGCAUGGGCUCCUUCUACACCACACCAUCGUCGCGCAGCAGCUUCGGGGCUGCUGGCGACCUCACUCGCCGGUUCCUCGAUGAGUCCAUGGACUUGACCCAGGUGGCGAUCGCGGACGACCUCUCUUCUUCUUCUUCUCCGCCUCGCCGCCAGCACUCCCCCUCUUCGCCUCCUCUCUCUCGCACCAUCAUCCUCAACGAGUCUCUCGACCUCACGGGCAUCGCCACCGACGCCUUCGUGUUCCGGUCCUCCCCUUCCUCUCCUCCCGACGAUGGCAAGCGUGAAGCGGACGAGACGGAAGAGAGGCAGCCCGCCCCAAGGCGCCUUGCCCGCCGUCGGUCAGUGCAAGGCCGCCAGCGGCCAAGCAUCGGCGGGAGGGCGUCCGUCUCUUCUUCGUCUUCUUCUCUGCCCGAGGACUGUACCCUCGUUUUCGACACGACGAUGGACAUGACACUCUCCGCUCCCGACGUAGACUUGCGAGCGAUGAUCGUGCACAAUGACAACGGCAACGAAGACGACGACGACGACAGGAAGAAGGACGCCGCGGCCGAACACACUCUCCUGCUGGGCACCACCAUGGACCUCACCUCUGUUCUCGACCACCACGGCCGCCGCGACGAAGACGACCUCGAGGGACAGCGCGCGGGGGAAGAAGACGCGGGAAGGCGAGCGCACCAGAACAACGAGACGCAGUUCACCGACGACACGAUGGACCUCACCAUGACCAGCACCAACCACCGCGCCAAGCGACGCGUAUCGGCGUACAGCGAAGACGAAGACGAAGAAGUGGCAGCAGGCGUGGGCGAAGAGGAAACCGCCACAUGCGACGCCACGAUGGACCUCACCGCCGUGAUGGAGGCCACCAUGGACCUCACGAGCUCGUUGCCCUCUUCUCCAGACUGUCUGCUGCGGGCCAAGCUAAGAGACGCCAUUCUGCUGCCCGAGGUCGAGAGAAAGCAGUGGGGCUGCGACACCUUGGCCGAGCUCACCAAGCCCACAGAGCUUCAUGCAAAGGAGCUGGAAGACCAGAUCCCCUCCAACAGCAGGUCCAAGCUUUCGGCGGAUCUCUCCAGGGCCGUCACCAAGAAGUCCGUCAUCCAGGCCCAGUCGGUGGUCCAGCUUUGGUCGAACGACGUGGAGCAAAGCUUCAACGCUGCGCUGCAGCUGCACAUCCAACACCUCCAAGCCGAACACGAGGAAGUCGCUGUCCUUAUCGAGCAGCACAAGGAAGCGGCGAAAGAGAGGCUGGCGCUCGUCCGCCGCCACACGGAGGAAAAGCAAGAUUUGUUUGAUAUCCUGCAGGGGCUCGGGCUGUGGCAGCUGAGGUCCUACGGCCAGUGCGAGGUGUCGUUCCUCUUCAAGGCGCGAGCGCCACUACGGCCACAUGUUCUCUCCCUUCAGCUGGCGCCGAUGCAGCAAACCGAUCCUGAUCUCCCGCGUGCCAUUACCAAGGCAUGGCUUGCCCCGGAAGGAGCGGCGGGCGCAGACGGUCGGCAUCAGCAAAUGGACAGCUUCGUGCUCGGCUUGGUCAAGGGCACCAACGUGCAGAGUCUGCUGCAGCGAUUGACCUGCAUGGGGCAGCUUCGCGCCGUGCUCGAGGAGGUCACCUUCCGACUGGGGCGAGUCGAGCUUCUCCUCGCCGACCUCGCCUGUGUCGAACGCCUGUCGCCCCACGUCUCCGUCGAGCGCCGCCUUGUCGCGGGAGAUCCCGCCGUGCGCCUGGUGUUCUCCCUCCUGCACCGCGGAGCCAAGUUCGCCCUCGACUUCCACGGCCUCCACUUUGGGUUUCCGCACUCGGAGCUUCGCUGGACCCUCUCCCCUGGCUUUGGCCCCGUCGACGAUGCCAGCAUCAGCCGCCUCGUUGCCGCCCACACUGCCGCGCCCACGCAUGGCCUGCUUUCUCGUCUCUCUCGCGCUCUUCUGCGCCUGUAA